UCACUGGGUUGCUGUGAGUUUUCCGGGCUGUAUGGCCAUGUUUCAGAAGCAUUCUCUUCUGACGUUUCGCCCACAUCUAUGGCAGUCAUCCUCAGAGGUUUGAGGCCUGUUGGAAACUAGGAGCAUUGGUUUUGCUGGUUACCAUGUUUGUGUUAGUGGAGAUGACAGAUACUGUGCGGAUCCCUCCAUGGCAAUUUGAAAGGAAACUUAAUGAUGCCAUCACUGAAGAGUUAAAUAAGAAACUGGCCAAUAAGGUUGUGUAUAAUGUUGGCCUCUGUAUUUGUCUCUAUGACAUUACAAAACUUGAGGACUCCUACAUAUUCCCGGGAGAUGGUGCAUCACACACAAAAGUGCAUUUUCGGUAUGUUGUGUUUCAUCCCUUUCUUGAUGAGAUUUUGGUUGGAGAGAUAAAAGGCUGCAGUCUAGAAGGAGUUCAUGUUUCUCUUGGGUUCUUUGAUGAUAUCAUCAUUCCUCCCGAAUCUCUGCAGCAGCCUGCCAAAUUCGAUGAAGCAGAACAAGUGUGGGUUUGGGAAUAUGAAACUGAAGAAGGUGCUCAUGACCUAUAUAUGGAUAGAGGGGAAGAAAUUCGUUUCCGUGUAGUGGAUGAGACCUUUAUCGACACAUCCCCAACAGGCCCCAGCUCUUCAGAACCCUCUACCUCAAGUGCCACAGAGGAAGUGCAGAAAAAAGAAGCCCCCUACACACUUGUGGGAUCUAUCAGUGAACCUGGUCUGGGCCUCUUGUCCUGGUGGACAAAUAGCUAGCAAAAGAAAGAAAGACUAUUCUGCAAGAUGGACACUUCUUCAUUAAAAUUGCUCUGUUUUUAAAACAGUUGUUGCAAAGCGAAAGAUAUGUCUUCCAGUUUUCUGCUUUGCACUGGAUUUGUUUCAGUCUAGUGGUCUAGGCCUAGAAAAUAAGUGGAAACAUUCAGUGCAAUAUCACAGUUACGGAAGCUUUUGGCAUUGGCCACAUCAACUUGGGAAUUUCUGAUUUCCUGACCUUGCAUUUUAGGACAGAUGCAAGAAAAACAUCUGAAAAACACUUACCUUGAUUAACAGACAUGAGAAGAAAAAUGUUGUAAAAGCAAGCAUCCAUGUUCUGAAUGUGGUAGCUCUAUUUCCCUGUUGAAAUGGGGAUGUUUCCAACAGUAAUUGAUGAAAUGAAUAAACUGAAUAUUCAAGACUAGCAAAUUGUGGGAAGAAAGAUUGUGGCCUGGAUGGGCAUGCAUGGGGAUGCCCAUUUUCUAGAUUGUUUGUCAGUUCUUUUCAAAUUAGAAAUUCUUUCCAAGUAUUGAUAAAAUGAGUGAAUUGAUCUACUGGGAACAUGGUCUUAAGAACUGCAGUUAAUAAGUGUGAAUAAGAAUGCAAAUCUUAUCAACUGCUGUUCCUAAUCGUGAUGUUUUAGAAAGUUUGUGCAUUUAAUUUAGAUAACUCAUACGUAACAACAGAGAUGUGAAAGCUGUGCUGAAAGCAUCUAGAACAGGAUAUGGAGAAAUUUCGACCGUCGAGGUGAAGUUUGCCCUUGUCUGAUCUAGCAGAUUGUGAACAAACCUGGUUUCAGACCCAACAAAUAGAUUUGCUGUUGAGCAACAAAUCUCUUAAAACAGGCAUAUAUAAUAGAGACCUUGCUCUGCAUUAAAUGUAAAUGCAGACAUAGAUGACAUUCAUCCAAUUUCUGGGUGUUAAAAUAUAUCUGGAUAAUAAAUGUGAGCUAUUGGGUAGCAGUAAAAUAAGUACAAAAGAGACAAAAUCUGACAACAUAAUUUAAAGCAGUGGUUCUCAACCUGUGGGUCCCCAGGUGCUUUGGCCUACAACUUUCAGAAAUCCCAGCCAGUAUAUCAGCUGUUGAGAUUUCUGGGAGUUGAAGGCCAAAACAUCUGGGGACCCACAGGUUGAGAACCACUGAUUUAAAGCAUACCUGUAAUAUUAGAGGGCGCUAUCACUGAUAAAAUGAUUUAGCAAUUUUAUCUUUGGUUUUAUAACAGUAUUAUAACUUCAGGCUCAGGAGCAUUUGGGAUAUAGGUAUAACCUAUCAGAGCCAAUUAUGCCAUGCAUGAUACCAUGUUUGAAGAUGGUUGCCUUUUUGUACAUUAGUCCGUCAAGCACACACUUAAAGCUUGUUCUAAGAUUGACUGUUAUUCAGGACCUGCAAUAAAUGAUUUUUUGCACCUUA